AGUGUGAAAGAUGUCGCUGCCCCCUUUGUAUGGAUAUUAACCGAGUUCAAACUCCAGGAGAACCAAGCUUACAUUUAUGCCACUAUCCCAACUGUGGGAAGGUUUACAAAAAGACUUCUCAUCUCAGAGCUCAUCUUAGGUGGCAUAUAGGAGAUCAACCAUACCCUUGUUCUUGGCCCGGCUGUAGUAAACGGUUUACAAGGUCUGACGAGCUUCAUCGCCAUUUUCGAAUACACACGGGGGAGCGUAGGCACAAGUGUAGUGUGUGUGAUAAAUCAUUUUCAAGAUCGGAUCAUUUAAAGAAACACAUGAUGAGUCAUCAUUCACAAGAGUCGGACCGUAUCCUCUCACAUAGAUCAGAUGGAGAACUAGAGAUAGAUCCAACCCAACUAUUAGAAGUUGAAGACUAUGGUUCAAUGGAUGGUGAAGAUACAUGAUUUAAACCAGAAACAGUCCGUUAACAACUCUCAGCUAGAAGAGGUGAACGCCAAAAAUGUCAGAUGAUCAUUAGAGACACCUAUUGUGAAAUUUUUAAACUGCAUAAAGUCUGUUCCUUAGUUCAGUAAUGUAAUGUAAUGGCAGAAAUGACUCUGUAUAUGAGGUCCGUCCUUAUUCAUUAAUUUAGAAUUCUGUUAAAAAGAAUUUUUUACCAAAAAUAAUAUUUUAAAGAUAGAAAAAUGCAUGUUUUGUUCUUUAUAGUACUUUUCUUUAAUUUCGUAACAAUUCUAUAAAGUUGUGAUCAAAAUUCCAGUUGCAUGGACUGUAAGCGUAAUUUUCAAGUGACCCUCCAUGCAAAGAUGCCAAUGCUCGAUUUAAAUGGUACCCUAAAAGUGAUUUCUUGUUAUAAGAAGCAAUGGAGAAAUCAUCAGAAUUAAACCCUUUUUGAGUGAGUAAAACGACCUUUUCUCCCACACUUGGCAUCGGGAAGGUCACUUGAAAUUACGCUUACAGUCCCAUUAAGCUUCACAAAAUUGAAAACCGGCAAGUUUAUGUAGUUUGUAUAUUUUGUAAACAACAUACAGUCAGAAUACCAGUAGUUUCUGUUUAGAAAUAGUUGAGAUGUUUAUUAAUAGAGUCAUUAUGCUUAAUUUCUUAAUGGGAGUAUUCAUAUUCAUCAUUUUUUUCUAUUGUAAAAUCAAUAUUUGUCAUAUCUUCGAAAAUCGUGUUUUACUGGGGGGGGGGGAGUACGUAUUGUAAAAUUAUGCUAUUCGUAGUUAGUUCCCAAGCUGUUUGUGUUUGUGCAAAUAAAAAAAAUUAAAAAAAAGACGAGAGAAUUCUACCUCAUAACUUUUUAGAUUUGUUACUAUCUUAAAUAUAUCUUAAAUAUAUUGCAUUAUAUACCUAUUUUUAGAACAAAAAUUGGUUAGUUUUUAAAAACUUUUAAAAUGUCAAAACUGUAUUCUGUUGAAGUUUGCUUUUUAAGCUUGCGAUAUUUUUAACCUAACAGACAAUUCAAAAGAAAAAAACAGAAAACACGGUUUUUGUAUUUAUUUUCUCUCGGGGUUAAAAGUUGGCACAAAGUGUAAGGAAUUCAUGUGUAUCCCUUCAUAUGUUCAGAACCUAAUAAAACAAAUUUAAUUAUUUCAUAUCACUAAUUAUACUCCCUGCCCCCCCCCCCUCCUCUGACUAUUUUACCAAAGCAGAAAACUGUGCUCAUAUUUGAGAAUAUCUUAGUAACUCCUCUUUAAAUUGCUACUUUGUAUUAGUCUUUUCUGAAAAAUAAAACUUUAAAAAAAUGCUUUAAUUGAAAAAAAAUAAUGGCAGUAACUAUGUAUUUUUUAUCUUAAAACAAAAAGAAAAAAACUGUUAAAUAUUUUGUUAAAUCGUUAUUAAAAUCUUCGAGCGAUAAAGCUUCAACUUAAAAACAAUUUUUUUACUAGAAUCUUACUUUUUUUUGAAAAAAAACUUAAUUUUGAGCUUAACAUAGUCCUUUCUAAUGUGAGUUUUAACUUAAUAUUAAAUACGUUUUUAAUCUUUGAAAAAUGAUAUUUCUCGCUAUGUUUUUUUCUCUUAUAUGCUGUUUUUUUCUUGUAAUAAUGGUUUUAAAUUGUCAGAAAGCUGAUAGUUUUAUAUAUGAUUUUAAGCUAACCUUUAUGCAAUAAUGGCAAUGAUUCACAAUAGUACCCUCGAAACCUUUUUCAGAUUAAUAAUCUUUCUAAUUCUAAGGUUUUUUUCAUUAAUGUUUUCUUGCAGUUGUAAUGCGCAAGUGUUCAAAUAUUUAUACAAACAAGGAUAUCUAAUUCAAACUUGAUCAGACCAAGUUUAUAAUGGUAUAUCAAUACGAAUUGGACAUUUUCAUCUUUGCAUAAAGGGUCGCUUGAGAUUGCGUUUACAAUUCCUUUAGUAUGUUAUGUAGUUUCAUGUUAAACUUAUGUGAUAAAAAUUUGAUAGAUAGACAAAUCACAUUGAAAUAAAUGUUAUUUUGUAUUA